AUGUCUGCCGAUUUGUAUGCAGCGUUUGUGGAGGAAGACCCGCCACCAAAGCCAGAUGAGAAGACUAAUAUAAAGCCGUAUUCGGCGAUCUCUGCCCACGGCACAGACGUCGCCAACAUUCAGAGCUCGACUCCGACUACAGGAGGUGUUCAAGCCACCCAGCAACAAAAUGUCUCUUCGCCCCUGUGGCACCGAGAUACGGGUGGGAGGGAUGUCCUCUUUGACGCCGAACAAGCCGACUCCGGAGACGAAUUUGGCGACUUUGAGACUGCAGGAGGCUCUGCGAAUGAUUUGAACAAUACCAUUAGGCAGGAUAACUCUUUGAUGCACCAGCCACCCAUGUCUUCCGAGGCGGUCAGCCGGGAACCUUUAGAUCUCGACUCUCCGGACGCCUUUGGCGUGCUUAACAAACCAAUGCAUCCGGAAAUCAAAGCCUCCACGAGUCCAGGCGUCCGGCGUAUUCAGAGUGGCUCGAAAGGCACAGCAGCCAGCGUGCAACCUCCGUGGGACGAUGACUGGGGUGACUUCGAAGAGACUGAGACUCAGCCUCCACCUCAAUCAAUCCCAGAAGUGACCGCUCAGCCGUCCGAUGAUGAAUGGGAGCCUGUCGAAGACAAUGUGUGUGGCCCAAUGCAGCAGGCUCAUUCCAAGGAACCUGUGCCAACGAAAAGCACGACUGCAGAGAUCGCACCCCAACCCAGUUUAGACACACUGGCAUCCGAGAGGCCGAGCAAUGUCCCGCCGCCGUCGUCACUACUGCAGCUGCUCUCAUCUGUCUUUAAGUUCAUUCACCAAAGCAAUGCGGACAGUGUGGUGUCAAAAUCGGAACUGGCAUCGAAAGUGCUGGUUGCCUUUCGAGUUUCCAGCCGCAUAGUUGCGGGCAGAACCCUCCGGUGGAAGAGGGAUACCGUCUUGGCCCAGAGUGUGAGGAUUGGUCAGUCAGGAAAGAGUGGUGGAAUGAAACUAGCAGCACUGAACAAGAGCGAAACCACCAAAGAAGAACGAGACACCCAAGAAAUGAUUCGUGAUUGGUCAAGCUACCUCCAUGAAUUCAACAGCAUCCUUGCUCAAGCCGAAGUACCUCCAUUGCGGAUGAAAUUGUCUGCCUCUCCUUCCAUCAAGAGAUUGGAACAGACAAACCGUCGUGACCCGUCAAAACAAUGCGCGCUCUGCGGCUUGAAGCGGACGGAAAGAUUAGGCGAUGUUGACAUUGACGCGGACGACAUUUUCGGUGAGUUCUGGGUUGAACACUGGGGCCACAAGGAUUGUGUCGACUUCUGGUAUUCGUACAAGAACAUGCUCGGACACCGUUAA